UGCGGACGCCACCCAUCUACUCCGUCGCCCAAUAGCGAGGAUGGCCCAGGAGGAGGAGCUUCUUUGUCCUCUGUGCUCGGAGCUCUACGAGGAGGACGUGAAGGAGCCGCUUCUCCUGCCGAGAUGCGGACACGUCUUCUGCAAGUCGUGCCUCACCAAGACCGUGGGCACGAGGAGCCACUUCCCGUGCCCGACAUGCCGCAAGCGUCAUCUCCGGCCGCACGUGUCCCAGAUUCCCGUGCACAUCGAUACCCUGGCUCGUGCUGAGGUGUAUAGGGAUUCGAAGGGAAUUCCCCGUAGCAGACUGUUCGGCAUGUGCGAGAACCACGGUGAAGUGCUUGAGUUCUGGUGCCGCGACUGCCAGGCGCCGUUGUGUGGGGCGUGUCCCGUCAAGAAGGACCACGACGUGGUGAGGACCAGACUCAUUCUGCAGGAGAAGAAGAAGGAGAUCCAAGAGCAAGGGAAUCUCAUCCUUCAGUCGGUCGUCGACGAGAAGAAGAAGAUUAUUCAGAAGGUGAAAAGGUGCUCCCUCCAGCUCCUGAGGACGUGCGAGGAGAGCUCCCUCACCACGAACUCCGCAGAGGACGUCAAGGUUAUGAUGGGCGACACCAAGAAGACCGCCGACGUCAGUUCAGUCUUGGGAUACCUCGCUCGCAUGAAGACCAUCCUCGGGAGUUUUAAAAGCGCCCCUGAGGAAACGGAGCCUGAGGGCAAGGGCAGCACCAACCGCACUCGAAGGACCAGGAAUAGCCAGAAGCAGCAGGGCCAAGACAGCACCAACAACAGUCCCAACAACACUCUCAGAAGGAGAACCAACGUGGCCGGAGACAGCACCACCGGCACUCCCAGGACACGCACGAGGAGCAGCCUUCGACAGGAGACAAUGAGCACCGACAAAAUCACUUAUACAACUGCGAACGAUUACACCACAAACAACAACAACAGUAAUGGACUAGGGACGGCGCUGCUGGAACCCUCGCUGUGGCCGCUGAAGUGCUGUGCGUACGCUGAGGACGGAAGGAAGGGAGAACUCAAGUGGGAGGACAAGCGACUGCACUUGUAUGCCCUCGGGAAUUACAUGGAGGAUGCACACUUCAUGAUUAAGCUGGCUGUGCUGCAGGCCCUGAUUCCGCAGGACAACCCCGAGGUGUUCCUGGAGCUGACAGCGGGAGAGCAGCGUCUCGGCCGGAUCUACAUUCGCCUGUGGGGACACCUACGCCGCGCCCACAACUUCCUGGCGAUGUGCACCGGCACCCAAGGGCCGUCGUACAGGGGAGCCAAGUUCCAGGAGGUGUUCGCGAGGGGCAUCCCCGGAGAGUGCCUCCACGCGGGACUCUACCCGACGCCCGACGGAGGAACCAGCGCGAAGGGCGUCCUCGAGAACCUGGAAUGGGACGGGAAGUUCAAGAAGCCCCAGAAGCUGGGGCUCGUGGUGGGCGCCGGGAGCGGAAGGUCCGACCGAGACGCCUGCUUUGACAUAUGCACCAUUGAGAACCCGCAGAGGAACUUCGCCUGCCCCUUCGGCGAGGUGGUGGCGGGCUUGGACGUCGUGAUGAAGACGGUCAAGCACAAGCCAGUCCGCGCGGUCACGAUGCAGGAAGUCGGCGUCGUCAUUCCAGAUCUCUCGCGCUCCAGCUAGUUCAUAGCAUUAGCUUUUACUAUGGUUUGUUUAACGAAUGCAGUCCUUACUAGGAAAAUAUACUUUGUAAUCAUUAUGGACCUGAUAUUAGUAUUUUAAUAUAAAUACCUCUCCAUAACAGUUUUUUGAUUAUACCACUUUUAUAAA